GACAUCCAAACAUAAAAGCAUUCAUCACUCAAUGCGGAAUACAUUCGAUAGAAGAGGCAGUCUUAGCACAAGUUCCUAUAAUAGCUAUGCCGUUCUUUGGAGAUCAGCUGAAAAACGCUCGAAUCGUAGAGAAUAAAAAUAUUGGGAAACAAAUUUAUCAUAAACCGGCUUUGAGCUAUAAGGAUUUGAGAGAUGCCAUCAUGGAAGUUACACAUAAUGAGAAGUAUAAAUCGUCCAUUAGAAAGCUUGCCAGUCUUCUUGGUGAUGAACCAAUGAGUGGUUUGGAAAAGGCUGUAUGGUGGACUGAAUACGUUAUAAGGAAUAGAGGAGCCAAAGAGCUACGAAACCCCGCUUCAGACAUACCGCUCUACCAGUUUUACUUGUUGGAUAUUUUGGGAUUUAUAUUCUUCACUUCAUUCUUAUUCUGCUACAUUAUAAAUAAGUUGUUCUCCAAGUUUCAGCAAUAUUUCAUGCGGAGAUGGAAAAACUGGAAUGAUCCGAAGUUGAAAACUCAUUAGCACUUCCGUUUCUCUAGGGAUUGUACGUUAGAAAUAAAUUUAAAAUAUACUAAAAAACUCACUUUUGAGAUUACUCACAACUAAAAAUUAUAAAGGCAGCUCAACGAAAAUAAUUUCAAUUAGGUGACGAACGGCUGCCUUACUUUAUUUAAUGAACAACUUCUAUUGUUUCAAUAUGUCUUUUGACUUGUCUCAAAAUAAAUUUGAGCUAUCACAGUUUG